AAAGAGGUUGGACUUAAAAUAAUGCAUCAGUUACAUUUUUUAACACCAAACGAGCCUUGCCGCUUUCCUCGUCCAUCCAUGUUAUAAUAGACGACGUAGUCGCCACAACAAAGAAGAUUUUCUUUUAGUCGAACGUCCCAAGAACCGUCCGUUUGGUUUACAUCUUCAUCCCCGUUCCCUUGCCUCCUCCUCCUCCGUAAUGGAGUCCGUGUCGUCCCUUGAAGAACCUCUGCCUUACCCAAUUGCUCGCCGUGAUGAAUCUUUUACAGAUUACUAUCAUGGAGUUAACAUUCCUGAUCCUUAUCGAUGGCUUGAGGAUCCCAACUCAGAGGAGACGAAGGAGUUUGUGGAAAAGCAGGUGAAUAUAACGGACUCAGUUCUCAAGACUUGUGAGACAAGAGAAAAGCUAAGGGAAAAUAUCACGAAGUUGUAUGAUUUUCCAAAAUAUGAAGUCCCUUUUAGGGCAGGAGACAAGUACUUUUACUUCCACAAUACAGGACUGCAACCCCAAAAAGUCCUUUAUGUGCAGGAUAGCUUGGAUGGAGAACCAGAGAUUUUGCUUGAUCCAAAUACACUUAGUGAGGACGGGACAGUUGCAUUGAGUAUUUGUUCCAUUAGUGAGGAUGCUAAGUUCUUGGCAUAUGGCAUUAGUUCGAGCGGUAGUGAUUGGGUGACUAUCAAAAUUAUGCGGGUUGAUGAUAAGAGCGUCGAGCCUGAUGUAUUGUUGUGGGUCAAGUUUUCUGAUGCUAGCUGGACCCAUGACAGCAAAGGGUUUUUCUACAGCCGUUAUCCAACGCCGAAAGAUGGAGAAAGUUUGGAUGCUGGGACAGAGACACAUUCCAAUUUACACCAUGAAGUAUAUUAUCAUCGUUUAGGUACUGAUCAGUCCAAUGAUAUCUUGUGCUGGAAAGAUCUUGAAAAUUCAAGGUGUACACGUUCAGCUUCGGUGACAGAAGAUGGAAAGUAUGUUCUCCUGUAUACUUAUGAGAACUGUGAUCCAGUCAACCAAGUUUGUUACUGUGAUUUAUCUGCAUUUCCUGAUGGGAUUGAAGGUUGUAAAAGGGGAAAUGAACUUCUACCAUUUAUCAAGCUUGUAGAUAACUUUGCCGCCUCUUAUGACUAUGUUGCAAAUGAUGGGACUGCUUUCACUUUUCGGACCAAUAAGGAUGCUCCCAAAUACAAGUUAGUUAGAGUAGAUCUGACAAAACCAGAUUCUUGGUCUGACAUCAUCCAAGAGGAUGAAAAAGAUGUGCUUGAAUCAGCUGUUGCUGUCAAUGAAAAUCAACUUGUUAUUUGUUAUCUGAGUGAUGUGAAAAAUGUUUUGCAAUUGAGAGAUCUGAAAGCAGGAGCACUGCUUCAUCACUUACCCAUUGAUAUUGGCACAGUGUCAGGAAUUUCUGCUCGCCGCAAAGACGGCACUAUAUUUAUUGGAUUUACGAACUUCCUAAUCCCUGGAAUUAUAUACGAGUGUAAUCUCAAAGCAGAGGUUCCAAAUCUGAGAGUAUUUCGAGAAACUGUUGUCCCCGGCUUUGAUCAUACUGAUUUUCAAGUUAAUCAGGCUUUUGUUCCCAGUAAAGACGGUGUCAAGAUCCCUAUGUUCAUAGUGGCGGGAAAAGAUAUUUCCUUGGAUGGAUCACACCCUUGUUUAUUAUAUGGAUAUGGAGGAUUCAGUAUUAGUAUUACUCCGAACUUCUCUAUUGGUCGUGUUGUGAUUGUGAAGCAUUUAGGUGUUGUGUUUUGCAUUGCAAAUAUUCGUGGUGGCGGGGAAUAUGGAGAAGAUUGGCAUAAAGCUGGCUCCCUUUCCAAAAAGCAAAAUUGCUUUGAUGACUUCAUUUCUGCUGCUGAGUAUCUUGUGGAAGCCGGUUACACACAGCCUAAAAAGUUGUGUAUCGAAGGUGGAAGCAAUGGUGGGCUUCUUGUUGGAGCUUGUAUCAAUCAGCUUCAUAAAUUGCAGAAACCUGAUCUCUUUGGUUGCGCUCUCGCACACGUUGGUGUUAUGGAUAUGCUUAGGUUUCACAAGUUCACCAUAGGUCAUGCCUGGACCUCGGACUAUGGCUGCUCAGAGAAGGAUGAAGAGUUUCAGUGGCUAAUCAAGUACUCGCCACUGCAUAAUGUUAGAAGGCCAUGGGAACAGUCUCACAAUCAAGAAUCUCAAUACCCGUCCACUAUGCUAUUGACAGCUGAUCAUGAUGAUCGAGUGGUACCACUGCACUCUUUGAAAUUAUUGGCGACCAUGCAAUAUGUCCUAUGCACAAGCUUGGAGAAGAGUCGUCAGACCAAUCCCAUUAUUGGUAGGAUCGAACGCAAUGCUGGUCAUGGAGCUGGACGGCCAACACAAAAAGUUAUUGAUGAAGCCGCAGACAGAUAUGCAUUCAUGGCUAAGGUUUUGGGUGCAUCUUGGGUUUGAGUAGAUGAAGUUGAUAGAGGGCACUAGUAAAACAUAAAUUAAGAGAGAUGGUGAAGGGUGAAUUUACAUCUUCUUGUGGCAAUAAUUUGUGCUUCUAAUUCCAAAUCAAGUAUCUGUUUCCAAUUCAGAGUUUUCAGAAAUGAAUCAAUCAGGCGCUCAUCAUUGAUAGUCUUUUCAGAUUCCUGUGCUGUGAAGGUGCACAGAAAGGUUAACAACAUGAACAUUUGUUUUUUUUUUAGUUUCCACAACAUUAUUGGGCACUUUUUGAAGCCAGUAGGUACGUACCCGCAUAUAAUAUUGCGAUACAUUGAGUUUCAUUUCACCACUUCAACCCCCAACAAUUCUAUUUUUGCUCCUCAUGCAUUCCUCAACAGUAUGAAAGUGUUUUACAUUGUGACGGGUUUCUUGAUGAAUAGCAUGUAUUCGUGCUGUUCUGUGAAAACUGAUGUAAAGCUUAUGAUAUUUGUUUUAAAUUCCAACUGCAGAAAAUAUUCUUAGAAA